AUGGACUCUGUUCACGGUCGUCAUGGAGCAGCUGGAUCUGACAAACUAGGAGAAUGGUGUGUGUCAUGUAAAACUGAUGGUCAUGAAAUUAUAGCAACAGGAUUCUGUAAAGACUGUGAGGAAUAUAUGUGUAAUGAAUGUUGGAAUGUCCAUUGUAAGCCGCGAAAAAUGAGAGGCCAUGCUAUUGUUCCUGUCGGCAAAGAGGAUAAGGAGGAACAUCAAUUUACUAAAAGUGGAAAGAUAAUAACUAUGUGCACUGACAAGUGUCCAGUCCAUCAAGAAAAAUUCAUUGAAUAUUUCUGCCACACACACGAACAGCUUUGUUGCACUGCAUGCAACGUAAUUAAUCACAAAACAUGUAGCGAUGUUGUCUACAUACCUGACGUAGUGUCCGGCUUGACAGAAAGUGAGGAAAUUCUUAAACUGACGAAAAAGCUUGAGGCAGUUGGGAACAGUCUGGUCUACAAUAAAGCCUGCAUAAAAACAAAUUUAAAAGCUUCCAAAGAAAUUAAUAAAGACGCAAAGAAACAAAAUGCCACUUUGCAAAGAGAAUUGUUUGAACGCAUUGAAAAGAAGAAAACUGAACUCGAUUCUGAAGCUGACCGUAUAUUUGACAAUGACUCUAAAAAGAUGAAUCAACUGGAAAAAACAUGCGCUGGAGUGAUGGGAGAAUUGGACGAAAUUACUGCCAAGCUUAAUGAUAUCAAAGAAUCUGGGCAACUGUGUCAGCUCUUCGUUACUAUGAAAGGAGCUAAAAUUUCAGCUGGUCUUUUAGAGGAUAAAGUUCAUGAAAUUGAGCUAACAAAUAACGUACAAAGAUAUGCAUAUAAGCCGAAUGCAAAGUGUGUUGACUUGAAGAACACGUUAGACAGUAUCGGGGAACUUGUUCCUGAACACUCCCAAAAAUCGCUGGUCAGUCAUUGUACUGAUAUUGACUUAGCAUUUGUUGGCGACAAAAGCAACACUAAAUGUUUCAUUUCUGGACUUUCUAUCAUUUCACAAAAACAUAUUGUUGCCACCGACAUGGAAAACAAUUCUGCAAAAUUAAUUGAUACGACGCAGAACAAGUUGGUAUACACACUGCUGCUUCAAUCAGCACCAAGAGACAUAACCAAGGUUACAGAUGAAGAAGUUGUGCUGACACUGCCGGAAAGUAAAAUGUUACAAUUUUUGUCAGUUUCUACCGAGGGAAAAUUGAAAAGUAAACGAGAAGUUUCUGUUGGGGGACAAUGCUACGGAAUUGUAUGUAAUCGAAAAGAAUUAUUCGUUUCUUUCAUUCCAAGUAUCUUCAUCCAGUCAAGCAAAAUAAAGGUACUUGAUUUUGAUGGACAGGUACUGAAAACACUCACUCAAAAGCUUCUCGGGAGUCCCGGAUACUUGGCACUAAGCAAUGAUCAAAGUACGUUAUACGUUUCCGACUGGGGAAAUUCAACGGUAACCAGUGUGUCAAUGGAAGGUAAAGUAAUAGCAACAUAUUAUGCAGAGGAACUUAAAAUGCCUCAUGGUCUUGUAUGCACUCGUGGCGGCUCGGUGUAUGUUUGUGGCCGCCAGUCGAAAAACAUACACCAGCUAUCGGCCAACUGCGAGAAAGUUCAGGUCCUUUCAGACGUCGUAAAUGGUUCUGCCGAACCGUUCAGUGUUGCUUUCAGUGAUAAAGAGCAUAAACUUUACAUCGGUUUGGAUAAUAGAGUCAGCAUAUUUUCAGUUAUAUGA